AGCCGCUCGCUGCCCGCCGCCUUCAGCCGGCCGGCCGGCCCCUCCUCAGCCCGGUGCUCGGCCGCCUCUCUGCCUCGCAGCAGCCAGUCCCGUCUACAGCAUCAUGUUCAGCUGGGUGAGCAAGGAUGCCCGCCGCAAGAAGGAGCCGGAGCUCUUCCAGACGGUGGCCGAGGGGCUUCGGCAACUGUACGCGCAGAAACUGCUGCCCCUCGAGGAGCACUACCGCUUCCAUGAGUUCCACUCGCCCGCGCUGGAGGAUGCUGACUUCGACAACAAGCCCAUGGUGCUUCUCGUGGGCCAGUACAGCACGGGCAAGACCACCUUCAUCCGGCACCUGAUCGAGCAGGACUUUCCCGGGAUGCGCAUCGGACCAGAGCCCACCACCGACUCAUUCAUCGCGGUCAUGCACGGCACCACCGAGGGCGUGGUACCGGGCAACGCGCUCGUCGUCGAUCCGCGGCGACCUUUCCGCAAGCUCAAUGCCUUCGGCAACGCCUUCCUCAACAGGUUCAUGUGUGCGCAGCUCCCCAACCCAGUCCUGGACAGCAUCAGCAUCAUUGACACACCUGGGAUCCUGUCAGGAGAGAAGCAGCGCAUCAGCAGAGGGUAUGACUUUGCAGCCGUCCUUGAGUGGUUCGCGGAGCGGGUGGACCGCAUCAUCCUGCUCUUCGAUGCCCACAAGCUGGACAUCUCUGAUGAGUUCUCUGAAGUCAUCAAGGCUCUCAAGAACCAUGAGGACAAGAUCCGGGUGGUGCUGAACAAGGCUGACCAGAUUGAAACGCAGCAGCUGAUGCGGGUAUACGGGGCCCUCAUGUGGUCCCUGGGCAAGAUCAUCAACACCCCGGAGGUGGUCCGCGUCUACAUUGGCUCUUUCUGGUCCCACCCACUGCUCAUCCCAGACAAUCGGAAGCUCUUUGAGGCUGAGGAACAGGACCUCUUCAAAGAUAUCCAGUCUCUUCCCCGAAAUGCUGCCCUCAGGAAGCUCAAUGACCUGAUCAAGCGGGCCAGGCUGGCUAAGGUCCACGCCUACAUCAUCAGCUCCCUCAAGAAGGAGAUGCCCAAUGUCUUCGGUAAAGAGAGCAAAAAGAAAGAACUGGUGAACAACCUGGGUGAGAUCUACCAGAAGAUCGAGCGGGAGCAUCAGAUCUCCCCAGGCGACUUCCCGAGCCUCCGAAAGAUGCAGGAGCUCCUGCAGACCCAGGACUUCAGCAAGUUCCAGGCCCUAAAGCCCAAGCUGCUGGACACGGUGGAUGACAUGUUGGCCAACGACAUCGCGCGGCUGAUGGUGAUGGUGCGCCAGGAGGAGUCCCAGAUGCCCUCCCAGGCUGUGAAGGGCGGCGCUUUUGACGGCACCAUGAACGGGCCCUUUGGGCAUGGCUAUGGCGAGGGUGCCGGUGAGGGCAUUGACGACGUUGAGUGGGUGGUAGGCAAGGACAAGCCCACCUAUGAUGAGAUCUUCUAUACGCUGUCACCUGUCAAUGGCAAGAUCACAGGUGCCAAUGCCAAGAAGGAGAUGGUGAAGUCCAAGCUGCCCAACACCGUGCUGGGCAAGAUCUGGAAGCUGGCUGAUGUGGACAAGGAUGGGCUGCUGGACGAUGAGGAGUUUGCCCUGGCUAACCACCUCAUCAAGGUCAAGCUGGAGGGCCACGAGCUGCCCGCUGACCUGCCCCCACACCUCAUCCCACCCUCCAAGCGCAGGCACGAGUGACAGGCCUGCCAGGGCUACCUAUGCAACCCACUCACCGUCUCCAUGCCCGCUCAGGAAGACCAGGGCCUGGAGGAAGCAGCUAGGGGAAGGGAAGGGUCACCAUUUUUAAAGGUCCAUAAAGACUGAGCACUGUUUCCUCAGCUUGAAUAGGAGAAGCACCAUCUUUCUUUUAAGGCAGUUUCUGGGCCCAGGCCGGGAGGUAGGGGUGAGGCUCAGAUGUAAGUGAUGGAAUUUUAUGCACAAGAACUCUGGCUAUUUUUAAUACAUACCAUUAGAGGCAGCCUUCUUUCUUGCUGCCUCCUCCUCUGUUGGACAGUUCCACGAACACAGCCUCUCUCCUGUCCCAACCCUUCCUCCUGUGCACUGUCCCUGGCUGGAUAGUGUGGGCAGCUGUGGUGAUCCUAGGGAGGCUGGUGACUCCUUUGGCGGCUGCCACCAGAGCUGUUGGUAGACCAGAGCCCUCUGUUGGUUCAUCUCCUCCAUCUCCAAGCUAAGGCUCACCUCACCCCACCCAGCUCUGCCCUGGGCUUGGGGUGAGUCAGUUGUGUGACUCUCCAGCCAGGGUUCCCGACACUCACCCCUGCCCUUUCUUGCACACCCCAACCCCAGCUUCCCACCCAGUAGGGCAGUCAAUGCAAGGCCCCACCACCACUGUCUUUUUUUAUUUUUGGUGCCGGGGAUUGAACUUGGGUCCUUGUGCUUGUGAGGCACACAGUGGAACCACUGAGCUAAAUCCCCAGCCCCAACCACUGUCUUUUUUUUCAGGGUUGUGGAGAGGCGAGAGAGCGCAUCUUCCAGAAAAAUGUAUAAGCUAGGUCUUUUGUACAGUGACACCUUUCAUACUUGACCAAGUUUUCCAGUAACUUCAAACCACUCAUUCAAAAGCUGUGAUUUUUGUCUCCCCUUCCCUACAUGCCAGCCUGUGGGUGGCUCCAUCCAGGAGCUGUUGGAUAUGGGGUGUAUGCAUAGCACACCACUUGCAGCCCGGAUUUGCUCUCUGACCAAGAAGUAGUCACCUGAACUCCUGCCUGAUGGUGUCUGAACUGUAGCCCCCACUUCUCUAUGGGAGCUUCCUGAUACCCCUGACUUGGGGUCGGUGGUGCGUCCCUGUGACUGGGUGUGGUUUGGGGCUGGCAGAGGAAGAUUGUGGAUCUGGCCCGGGCCUAGUUUUCAGGCAGCAGGGACCAGGGGAAAACCUGGCCUCUUCCUCUUUCGAACCCCACCCUGCCCCCUGCCUUCCCCCAGCCUGAGCAAUAAGCCAGAGCCAGCAAGCAGCCAGUUCAGCAGCCUCACACUGCACAGCCUUGGGGGCCUGGGUGCUUUCUGUGCCAGUGGUCAGCCUCAAGGGCAGGCAUUGUGCCAGGGCAGGAGACUAGCCUUGGUCUGUCCAGCGGGAGCUCCAGCUGGGGUCGAGGAAUGGCCCUGGCUGCACACAGCCUGCUCCCAGCCCUGCACCGCAGGUUCAUUCAGUAUUAGGAGAGGAUGAGUGGAGACAUCCUUUAGUGCGGCAGGGGCUUGUUCACACUCAUCUUUGGGGGGAAGGUAAUUGAGACUAAAGACUGUUUUCCUUGCAUUAAAGAAAGUUUUAACUGUGCUAA